AUGGCCAUGAGCCUCCCACAGCUCGGCGGCGCAGGAGGCCCUCACACUCAACCCUCUCUGCCAUCGCUGCCUGCACAUCUUCAAUCCGACACGCAUCUCACUGCUCAUCUCGCCAGUCGCUUUCAUGUCUCGCAUCCUACCGCUCGACUGUCUUCUCACGCCCUCAUCUCUCUCAACACCUAUACCAACUCCUCAAAGGGUCCCGAUGGUGGCAAGGAAGGUAGCGCCAUGGCUGGCGCCGAGGAAAUCGCUGACAGAGCCUUUCUGCGAUUGGGACAUAGAUCCGAGAACCAAGCCGUUGUCUUUUUGGGUGAAUCUGGCGCUGGAAAGUCUACUAUUCGAGCCCACCUCCUGACUGCUCUUCUCAACAAAUCGUCAACGCCUCUGUCCACAAAGCUCUCUCUCGCCGCAUACGUCUUUGAUAGUCUCACAACUACCAAGACUGCUACAACACCCACUGCUUCCAAGUCCGGGCUCUUCUACGAGUUGCAGUACGAUACUUCAGCCACCACAAACCCUGUUCUGAUUGGUGGUAAGCUCUUGGAUCAUCGCCUGGAGCGUAGCCGUAUCGCCGAUGUUCCUACAGGAGAGCGCAACUUCCACGUUCUGUACUAUCUUCUUGCCGGAACAAGCGAGGCCGAAAAGUCUCAUCUCGGCUUGGACGGUGGUUCUGUCACUGGAACCACUCAAAAACGAUGGAAGUAUCUUGGCCAUCCCACUCAGCUCAAGGUCGGAAUCAACGACGCAGAAGGUUUCCAAGUUUUCAAGAAUGCUCUGCGAAAGCUCGAAUUUCCUCGCGCUGAAAUUGCCGAGAUUUGCCAAAUUCUCGCCAGUAUUCUUCACAUUGGUCAACUAGAGUUUGAGACAACUAGCCAGACCAGCGUAACUGGCGACGAUAGUGGUGGUUUCUCCCACGAGGGUGGUACAACCAUCACCGCUGUCAAGAACAAGGAUGUUCUCAGCAUCAUCGCUGCUUUCCUUGGUGUCAGCGCCGCUGACCUCCAGACCACCUUGGGAUAUAAGACCAAAAUGAUUCACCGAGAACGUGUUACUGUUAUGCUCGACCCCAACGGUGCCCGUGCCCACGCUGGAGAGCUUGCCCGAACACUCUACUCCCUUCUCGUUGCUUGGAUUCUCGAGACCAUCAACCAGCGACUUUGUGCACCCGAGGAGUCUAUUGCCAACACUGUCUCGAUCGUCGAUUUCCCCGGUUUCUGUCAGCAAACUCCCACUGGCUCUGCGCUCGACCAACUUCUCAAUAAUGCCGCUACCGAAUGCAUUUACAACCUUACUCUCCAGAACUUCUUCGACCGCAAGGCUGACAUGCUGGAGUCCGAGGAGGUCAGUGUUGCUGCGACCAGUUAUUUCGACAACUCGGACGCUGUUCGAGGCAUCUUGAAGCCCGGCAAUGGUCUUCUCAGCAUUCUCGAUGAUCAAACUCGACGAAACCGAACAGAUAUGCAAUUCCUUGAGGCUCUCCGAAGACGUUUCGAUGGCAAGAACGCUGCUAUCGAGGUUGGCUCUGCUCAAGCUAAGCUUCCUGGAAGCAACUUCAUGACUGAGAACACCUCUGCCGUCUUCACCGUGAAGCACUUUGCUGGUGAGGUGGAUUACCCUGUCAAGGGACUCAUCGAGGAGAACGGCGAGAUCAUCUCUGGUGAUCUCCUCAAUAUGAUCAACGGUACCAAGAGUGAGUUUGUUGCUCGCCUUUUCGGCCAAGACGCUCUCCAGACCGUGACUCACCCCAAUGAACGCACUACUGUUAUGCAGGCUACCGUCAGCUCAAAGCCCAUGCGAGCGCCUAGUGUCAUGUCUAGAAAGACGCACCGAACUGGUCGCCCCAGCACAGCUUACAAGCGCCAGCAGCAAGAGGCUAUGGAGGAGUUAGAUCAGCAGAGCCAGGCUGGAGAGUCUAAGAAGAACGCCAAGAUGACUCUCGAUCAAGGUGCUUCAGGCCAGUUCCUUGCCUCGCUGGACAACGUCCAGAAGGCUGUCACUGACCCCGGCACCAACUCAUAUUUCGUCUUUUGCUUGAAGCCCAACGAUCGACGAAUUGCAAACCAGUUCGACAGUAAGUGCGUUCGUAUGCAGGUCCAAACUUUUGGUAUUGCAGAAAUCAGCCAGCGUCUUCGAUCUGCCGAUUUCAGUUUAUUCUUGCCUUUCGGCGAGUUUCUGGGUAUGACGGAUGCGGAGACAAUUUUGGUUGGCAGUGAACGAGAACGUGCUGAGAUGGUCAUUGAGGAGAAGCAGUGGCCCCAGAAUGAAGUCAGAGUCGGUGCCACUGGUGUUUUCCUUAGUGAACGCUGCUGGAUGGAGAUUGCCCAGCUCGGGGAGGCAGUCUCAGUUUCUGGUCGCUAUGGUGGCUUGCCUUCUUCCGAUGCUGGUGAUGGUCUCACACCUGCUGAGUCUAUGGCUUUCGGCGCCUCCAAGGAGCAUUUGGUUUCCGGUGGCAAUACCCCUCUCAUGUACGGUGAGAAGGCCAAGGGUGGUUACUUCACCGACGAUACUCGAUCCGAGGCUGGUGUUUCUGCAUUUGGUGGUGGUGACAUGUUCAAGAACCUCGACACACGUGAGCAGAUGGCUGAGCGAGGCAACGAGAAGUCUCUCGAGGAGGUUGAGGAGUACCGAGAUAAGCCUAGCCGCAAGCGCUGGGUAGCCCUCGUCUUCUUCCUCACUUGGUUCAUCCCCGACUUUGCCAUCAGACUGAUCGGACGUAUGCCUCGAAAGGAUGUUCGUAUGGCCUGGAGAGAAAAGGUGGCGAUUAACAUGCUUAUUUGGUUGAUGUGUGCCGUGGCCGCCUUCUUCAUGGUCGGAUUCCCCACGCUCAUUUGUCCCAAGCAGUAUGUUUACAGCUCCAACGAACUCUCUUCCUACGACGGCGACAAGGGCAGCAAGGGCGCCUACGUUGCUAUCCGCGGCUUCGUUAUUGACCUCAAUGCCUUCAUUCCCAACCAUUAUCCUGGUAGCAACCUUGUCAGUGAGGAUACUCUCUUGAACUAUGCCGGCAAGGAUAUCAGCGCUCUUUUCCCCAUCCAAGUGUCUGCUCUGUGCCAGGGCAAAGACGGUCAGAUUCCUCCUGAGGUCACUCUUGACAACCGAAACACCAACAUCACUGGUCAGCCACAGCUUCUUGCUUCCAGAGAUAUUGAUGUCAACUCCGUCUACCAUGAUUUCCGUUAUUACACCAACGACAGCCGACCUGAUUGGUACUUCGAGCAGAUGUACACCUUUAAGCAUGUCUACCUCAAGGGCCGCAUGGGUUACAGCCCCAAAUAUGUCAAGAAACUGGCCCGAGACAGUUCUUGGAACGUCGUCACUAUUCACGGAAAGGUUUACGACAUGACCAAGUACCUCCAGGGUGGUCUCCGUCUCAAGGCCAAGGCCGGCAAGCCUACUCCCAACAUCCCAGGUGCCACAGACUUCAUGGAGGACAGUGUCGUCCAGCUGUUCCGAAGUGCCAAGGGUCAGGAUGUUUCCAAGUACUGGGAUAACAUCAAGCUCAGCCCUGUCAAGAAACAACGCAUGGAGACCUGCCUGAACAACCUCUUCUACAUUGGUGACUCAGAUACUCGAAACUCCGUCCGUUGUCAGUUCGCUACGUACUUCAUCUUGGCUAUUUCAGUCAUGCUGGCAUCUAUCUUGGUCUUCAAGUUCCUUGCUGCGCUCCAAUUCGGUGGCAAGAACGUGCCCGAGAACCUUGACAAGUUCGUCAUGUGUAUGAUUCCCGCUUAUACCGAAGAUGAAGACUCGUUGCGACGUGCUAUUGACUCGCUUUCUCGCAUGAAAUAUGAUGAUAAGCGUAAGCUUCUUGUCGUUGUCUGUGACGGUAUGAUUAUCGGUCAAGGUAACGACAGGCCUACGCCUCGCAUCGUGCUGGAUAUUCUUGGUGUCUCCGAAACCGUCGACCCCGAGCCUCUCAGUUUCGAGGCUCUCGGUGAGGGUAUGAAGCAGCAUAAUAUGGGUAAGAUCUACUCGGGUCUUUACGAGGUCCAAGGCCACAUCGUCCCCUUUAUGGUCAUUGUCAAGGUGGGCAAGCCUUCUGAGGUUUCUCGCCCCGGUAACCGUGGUAAACGAGACUCCCAGAUGGUUCUCAUGCGUUUCCUCAACCGCGUCCACUACAACCUCGCCAUGAGUCCCAUGGAGCUGGAGAUGUAUCACCAGAUCCGCAACAUUAUUGGCGUGAAUCCGACCUUCUACGAAUAUCUCUUCCAAAUCGAUGCCGAUACUGUCGUCGCUCCAGACUCAGCUACUCGAAUGAUUUCAGCCUUCAUCGAUGAUACUCGCCUGAUUGCUUGCUGUGGUGAAACCGCUCUCACCAACGCUAAGGGCUCUUUCAUCACUAUGAUUCAGGUCUACGAGUACUGGAUUUCGCACAACUUGUCCAAGGCAUUCGAGAGUUUGUUCGGCUCAGUCACUUGUUUGCCUGGUUGUUUCUCCAUGUAUCGAAUUCGCGCUGCGGAGACCGGCAAGCCUUUGUUCGUCAGCAAGGAGAUCGUUGAAGACUACUCCACGAUUCGUGUUGAUACCCUGCACAUGAAGAACUUGCUCCAUCUUGGUGAGGAUCGAUAUCUCACAACCUUGCUCCUCAAGUAUCACUCCAAGUACAAGACAAAAUACCUCUUCAGCGCACAAGCCUGGACUAUUGCUCCUGACUCUUGGUCUGUCUUCCUGUCUCAGCGACGUCGCUGGAUCAACUCUACUGUGCACAACUUGGCUGAGCUUAUUCCUUUGGCCCAGCUUUGCGGCUUCUGCUGUUUCAGUAUGCGUUUUGUUGUCUUCAUCGAUCUUCUGAGCACUAUCGUCCAACCUGUCAUUGUCAUGUAUAUCGUGUACCUGAUUUACCAAGUCGCUACCAACCCGUCAGUUGUGCCUAUUACAGCUUUCUUGUUGCUUGGUGCCAUCUACGGUCUACAGGCUGUCAUCUUCAUCCUCCGACGCAAGUGGGAGAUGGUUGGUUGGAUGAUCAUGUAUAUUGCUGCCAUUCCUGUCUUCUCUUUCGGUCUGCCCCUGUACUCCUUCUGGCACAUGGAUGACUUCAACUGGGGUAACACUCGAGUUAUUGCUGGCGAAGCCGGUAAGAAGAUCGUUGUUUCAGACGAGGGCAAGUUUGAUCCCAGCUCGAUCCCUCGCAAGAAGUGGGAGGAGUACCAAGCCGAGCUAUGGGAGACACAGACCCAGACUGCUCGUGAUGAUGUGCGAUCAGAGAUCUCUGGUUACAGUUAUGCCACCAAGGCUCAGGGACCCUUCUCUGAGUAUGGUGGUGGCUACCAGCCCAGCCGCCCUGGCUCAACAGCUGGCUUCGGCCACCAGAACAUGUCUCGCAUGUCUCUGGCCCAUUCUGAGAUGCCUGGCAACCGUGCGAGCCAGUUUGGUGGCUCGCAGUUCUUCUCUCCCGAGGAGAUGGUUGGCAUGCCUAGUGAUGAUGCACUCCUCGCCGAGAUUCGCGACAUCCUCAAGACAGCCGACUUGAUGACUGUCACCAAGAAGGGCAUAAAGCAAGAGCUGGAGAGGCGAUUCAAUGUUCCUCUAGACGCGAAGAGGGCCUACAUCAACUCUGCAACUGAAGCCCUGCUUUCUGGCCAAUUGUAG